AACAAUAAAAUACAGUUCGAAUACAAAGUCGCAUCAGAAGUUCUCUCAAUCAUUUCGGUUUGUUACAAUAAUAGAACUAAAACACUUCAAUGAGUUUGUUGACUUCUCAACGUCGUUUAUCUACCGAGAAAAUUGUUUACGAACGCCGGCAACGUCGUAGAAAUAUUCGAAUUCGACCUUGCGCCGCCCUUGUUGAUCGAGUGUGGUGCUGGUGUCCAAACUUUACGGACGCUUAUAGCGUCGACGUCGAAAAAUAGACGUUCAACGUCUUCAUGUACCAAUAAGAACUGUUGUGAUUCGAGAUAAUCUGCCUACUUCAUGGCAUCCGACGGAGAAAGGUGCGGGGGACUUGGUUCUUUUUUGGCGAUGUCCUGCAGAGGACGAGCAGAAGCUUUUGCCAGAAGAUUACACUCAAAGUUGAAAUCUUUAGGUACGCAUGACGAUAAUGAAUCAGCAGACGAAAGCAGCUGGUUGGCAGCUAACGAAAACCCUAUCACUCUAUCUCAACCCGCUCAUUCAUCUAAUCCGGAACAAUUUUUAGAUUUGGAUAUGCUUGAAUCUCCCGGCAGUCCCGAAGAAGAACUAGAAGAAGUAGACUUGAACGUUUUAAACAAAGAUACAUUACAUACGACAGACACUUCACGGCUCAAUCAACAAACAGUCCAAGCACAAGUAACUGUCCUAGCAACGACAAAUAAUUCAACGAACGAUAGCGAUAGCGAUGGAACCUUUUACGAUACAGAAGAUAAACGAUUAUUGAACCACACUAACGGCAUAGACAUGUCAGACAACGAAAUGUGCAUCAACUCUCAAGAGUCUGAUUAUUCAUCACAGCAAAUGUUGUCGAUAAGUGAAGAUACGUCGAUGUUGAGUUUCAAAGAAGACGAAUUGAGUCUCGAUGUUGAUACUUCCUUAUCGGAUGCACCGAAAUGUAACGGCGACGUAAGUGAUAACAGCAACGUGAGAAUAAUUAUCAGUGACGAUAUUAGUGUUGAUACUGAUCGUGUAUAUCCUAGUGAAAAUCAAGAUUCUCAUUUACUAACUGAGAAUAACGUAGAUGACGAUAAAGAAGAAGAAGAAGAAGAUAUCCAACAGCCAAGAGUGAGAAGAAGUACGUCUUUGAAAAGUGGAAAAACGCCACCUGGGACGCCGGGACAGAAGAAAUUUGUUAGAUUCGCUGACGCGCUCGGUUUAGAUUUAGCCGACGUGAGAACGUUCAUGGAUGAUAUACCGAAGAUACCCACAUCGGCUUACGAAGAUCUGGAUGACGUCGAUUUUGGAGAAUCCAUUUCGAAUGAAUUCCUAUCUAGCAUGAUAGGUAGAACUCAACCUAAAGCGGAAAAAUAUCUCUUACCCAUGUUCCAACAACCAGUAGGUCUUCCGAAUUUCUUGGAUUUGGUGAGAGAGCACAACGUAUGUUUGGAAAACGUUUUCGUGGAGGAUCCCAUUUCGCUAUCGCUGAAAGGUACAGUGCGCGUAAGGAAUUUGGAUUUCCACAAAUCCGUUCAUAUCAGGUACACGUUGGAUUCUUGGCAGACUUUCGCGGACGUUAAAGCUACUUACGUCGAUAAUUCUUGUGAUGGAUUUUCGGAUAAAUUCACGUUUUUGUUAUACGCUCAUACUUUGUCGAUAGGUCAAAAACUGGAAAUGGCGUGUCGGUUUCAGUGUAGGGGUUGUCAGUAUUGGGACAAUAACGGUGGUUCUAAUUAUUGUUUUCAAUGUUUACCAGUGUCGCAUAGUACUACUUCGACGACUAAUACCGCGGCGCAAAUGCAAGACGAAUGGACAGGUGCCAGUUUUUACUAGUUAACACGCCAUUUCAAUAAUACUCGGAGCUAAAUGACAAUGGCGUAUGAUUGAACGACAGAGUCUCACGUGAGACGAGAGGAAAUCAAAAUGGAAUCGUUACUGUUGUCUUCAGUAAACGAAUUGAUAAAAUUUUUUCAUGUGUAAGUAAAGAGACGAAAGCAUUUUUCGUUAAGUGCCAUAAAAUUAUAUUAUAUAAGCAGUGAUGAGUGAAUUAUUGGGAUACAGUCUUCCACAUAUCAUAUUAAAUAUAUUUUAGGAUAAACUCCGUUGAUAUUAUGUACUUUUUAUGUUUUUUCUUUGUCUUUUCAAUUGUGUAGUAUAACAAACUAAAAUCGAAAUUGAUCAGUUACGUUUCUCUAAAUAAUUUAAUUCAAGUACGACUGGUACAGAUUUUCAACUGUUGUACGCAUGCGUUCAAGAUUAACGACUGUCAACUGUUUAGCGUAGAGCCAGUUUAGCCGUGGCACUAGUUUGUAAAGGGGCUAUUUUUUGCCGUAAAAAUAAUCGACUUAAAAAUACGGAUUGUUGUGAAAUUUCUCAUGAAACCUGGAAAAACUACUACUGAAAUUUGAAACAAGUGUAUUACAUUGAAUAUUUGUCGCUUCCAUGUAUUCUUGGGGGUUUAAGCGUUUUAAAGAUGGCCGAAAAGAUCUUGAAGAUAAUUCACUUUCUUAUCUUGUUCAAUCUUCUGUCUGCUAAAUAAUCGUGCGAUUUCUGAAGCUAUACGAAUUGACCUAUAAAUUUUAUCAUACGAAAAGUGUGUACGAAUCUGGUACCUAAAACCUUCACAUUUAAACAACAAGAAACCCGCAAAAAAUUUGUAUUGAAACUUUAAAUGCUAUUGAGAAUGAGUGGCUCAUUUAUAGUACCAAUUACUUUAUCACAUAUUAUUGCUUAAUAUCUUUUGCCUAUUUGUGCGUCCCACACUCUCUUAACUAGUUUUGAAUCUUCUAUUCUUUAUAAAUGACUUAACCAAGGUGACUAUCUUUGUUCAAUGAUUUCCAUCAGUUACAUAACCUCUAGAUCAUGUCCUAACCUAACCUAACUUUUUGUAAUACCUCUCAUACGCCUAAGAUAUUCCAUCUGUGCAGCUAAAUGCUUUAAAAACGUUCAGCUUUGUAUUUCUUACGAGUGUAAUUGUAUUUGAACUGUUGGUAGUUCUUUAAUAAUGUCUGCAUCUUCAUUACCUGUCCUAUUUGGGUACCAUAACUGCAGUCUUCUUUUUCUUCGAAAUGCUUUAGUGUAUUCCCCAAGUAUCAAAGUUUUGCAGUACAUCUUGGAGGUUUUCUGCUAUAAGGACUUCUGUAUAAUCUUCUAUCCAACGCAUACUCGUGGUUAUAAAAACUAUUACAUGGUUGAGAUUUCGUUUUUUAUCAAAAGCUUUCUUUAUAUCGAUAAAUCCAAUGAAUCCGAAUAAUGAAUCUGAAUCUCAGCGGAGGUCUUAAUUUAUUACUCUUACGAGUAGAUAAAAUGAAGAAAUAUGAAAUAAAAUACAAAAAAAAAUGAAAAACACGUAAAUUUGACACAAAAACAGUAUUUAUUUCUUUUAGUUCAUAAUACACAAUAGGUUAUUUCGAGUAACGUGAUUUGAAACGUCGGCCAUAUUGUCGUGGUGGACAAAAAAAGAUUUUGAUUCCAUAAAUGAGAUCAAACACUACUAUAACCAUAAUUUUAAUAUAAAUAACGUAAUAUUUGUCGUUGCAUCAUCCUAAAAUGACUUAUAUUAAUUGAAAAUCUCCCCGGAAAAUCGUUUUAGUUGGAUGCAGUGCUGCAACUGCACGAUGCGUCCAAAGUGUGCGCCAACAUUCACCUUUCAACGUUGGCUGAACGUUGGACGAAGGUUGAAUCCUAACCUUAACGUACAUAAAGAAAUGAAAACGUGGCAAAAAAGUGAUAAACAGAAAAAAAAACAAGUAUAAAGUGUUCCAAUGUUGGGGACUUUCCUUGGCUAACGUUGGUAGCAAAACAUUGUUCGAAUGACAUGCGCACUACGACCUCACGAUACGUCCAAUCAUACCAACGUUGGAAGUAUUGGACGCAUGUUGUGGUACCAACUGUAUAUUGAGAAGGGAGAGGGUUUGUUUUACCGAAAAACCAAGAAAUAGAGCGUGGAAUAUAUUUACGACGUCAAAUCAUAGGGCUCCAAUUAAAAAAAAGUGUCUUCUGUGUCACCCUGCACAUUAAAAAUAAAAUUUGAACAAAAAAAUCGAUUCCUCAUAAAAAAAUAAUGGGGGUUAACGCUUAUUUUUGUAACGAUGUUUUGGCUGACCAAUUUCUUUUUUAGUUUGUUAGAUUUAGGUGAAAAAAUAACAAAACAUUUUUAUUUAAUAUAAAUUAAGUAUUUUAACAAGUUUAAUUGUUUAUAUUAACGUUUAUUAUAGAUAAUUUAGAAUUUCCUUUGUGAUAAUAAUAAUUUUACGAUUCUGGUAGCAAUAAAAAUUGUAAACUAUGAGAUAAAAAUAGAUUUCCAAAGGAAUUUCUACAGGCUGAUUGUACUCGAAUUCUUUCAAUUGAUUAAUUAAUAAAUCUUGUAGUACAAUUUCAUAAAAUCGCUACUAUAAUUUAUUCAUACAUACUUCAUCUUCAUCAUCAUCUUCAUCUUCAUCAACAUCAUCAUUAUCAAGCCUUUCAAUCCUUUGGAUUAUGAUGCUUUAGAAUCCUUUUUUGAGAUGGAUUACUCUUCGUUUUCUAUUUUUGUUUUCUUUAUAGUUUAUCGUUUGUCUUUGCUGCUUUUGUUAUUAUUUCCCAUACAUUUGGGUUCAUCUAUUUUGUUUCUCCAAGUCUUUCUCGGUCUGCCUCUUCUCCUUGACCACAAUGGGGUCCAUUGCGUUAUUUUUUCGAUCGUUUCAGUUGGUUUUCUUCCCAUUAUAUGCCCAACCCAGUUGAGUCUUUGUGGUUUUAUGUAUCUCACUAUAAUUUCUGCUUUUUUAUCUAUUUCAUCGUUUUUCUUUGCUCUCCUUUCUCUCUUCUAUGUAUUUAUAUGUUAUUAUCUUUCUCUAGGUUCUUUCAAGUUCUUCUUGAUUUCUUUUGAUGAUUACUGUUGUACAAUUCUAUUUUGCUUUGUUUCAAAAUUGUGUUGGUGAGUUUUCAGUUGGUUUUUCCCCUGUUUUCAUAUAUUUUUUCUGCAUUUAUUUCCAGUCUAUAAUUAAUUGCUUCUUCUUCUAAUUUGUUGAUCGCCUUUAUUAAUUCCCUCUCUCCAUUUGCUUUGUGUGCGCUUUCUCUGAUGUUGAUGAUGUUUUUUUGGAAUUCCUCGUCUUUCUAAUUCUUCUAUUCCGUUAUUUCCUCUAUUUAUUUUCUAUUAUUUGGUCUGGAGUGUGGAUCUUCCUAAAGCCGUUUUGAUAAUCCCCUAGUUCUUUCUCUGCGAGUCCUUUCAAGCAGGGUUAUGGCUCUAUAAUUUUCACACAAAUCUUUAUUGCCUUUCUCAAAUAUUGGCGUGAUUAUGCCUGUGCUCCACUCGUCUGGGAUUUUGUUUUAUUUCCAUAUCUGCUCUAGUAGUUGAUGAAUAUGUAGAUAGAUACUUCAAUUGACCAAAUUUCAUCAUUUGUAAUUAUAAAAUUGAGAUUGAUCUGCAAUUCAGUCCAGUAUAAACGUCACUGACUUACGCCGAUAAAUUAGACCCUAAACUUGUCCUUAUACAAGGUGGAACUAACUACCGGUUAAAGAUAUAAAGAAAAAUGGUGCCAGAAAUUUAUUAAUUUAAUGUAUUUAUGAAUAAAUUAUAAAUUUUUGUAAGUCUCCUUAAUGGUUCACUUAUACUCGUUUAUCAAUAAUUUUGCGUGAAUGAAACGUAUUUAAAUUAAAUAAUUUACUUUUUUAUAUUUCAGUCAAUAUGUCAAUAAUUAAAUCUAAUUUUAUUUUGACAUAUUUCGGCUCUGAAUUAGACUAUAAACAAUUAAAAUUAGUUAGUAAUUUGGGGUUUAAUAACUGCACAAUGUUUCAAUUUAAUAACAAAUAAUGUUAUACAGAGUGAUCCAUUUAGAGAAGUACACGUUUUGAAUCUCCUAGUACAUUAAACAUUAUUUUAUCUACAACACGUGCACUGUCCAAAAUCUCGAUAUUUUUAUGCUAUUUUGGAUAUUUUUUUUUCAUUUUUUAUAACCCAUUUCUGGACACUUUUCAAUUCUAUGUCUAUUAUGUAUCUUGAGCUUGCACGAUUAACAAUCAAUUUGAAUUUAUUUUGAAUUGAAAAUAUUUUAGGUAUUGUUUCGAUUUUCAAAUUUUCAAUUUUUAUAGUGUCCACAUUUUAAAAACUCAUAAUCACCCUAUAUAUUGAUACUGUAUCAGUAGCCGGUUUAUAAAAAAAUUUUGCUAAGAAUUUGGUUACUUUUCUCUACUUUUUUUAAUUUAUACUCACUUUUACUCAUCACUGUAUCUACUUUAGAAAAUAAUUAGAUACCUGAUCACUUAGUCAAAAUCACCACGAAACGAAAUUGAUCUCACAACACUGAAUUAAUUAGUGUGUUAGGUUACGAUUGCUGGUGAUGUCCCAAACCAAUUAAAACCGGUUAUAUCUGCUUAUAAUCAGUAUGUCAUUACCUCAGUUGCGAGUGUAUCUGCGUAUAGGUCAGAAAAUCAUGGUUAACAUUUAGGAUGGUCCUUAAAAUACAAAUCAUAAUUUUAUAAAAACCAGAAAAAAAAUUUUCAGCGUGGAAAGAUAUUUAUAUAUACAGGGAUAUCAAAUAAGUGUAAUUAGACGAAGUGAAGGUGUAUUUCUGUGAUCAGAUUAUAUCCACCACCCUUCUGAACAGAUGUUUAAGGGCUUUUCUCACAACAAAUGGAUCUGGAGGCUAGAAAAUACUAUCUUGAUGAAUAUUUCUUGUAACAAGCAUGCUAAAAUGAUUUCUAUUAAUAAACACACCUCUAUGAUUGCUAGAAAUGUGGCUACAGCUGUUGGUGUUGGAAAAUCCAGUGUGUCUCCAAAAAGAAAAGGAAAAUCAACUCAAGAACAGAUAAAAUUUUAAUAAAAAAAUGACCGGGAAGCAAGUAAACCCAGAAAAUAAUGGCAAACCUUUAGGAAGGUUCAUAAAAUACCAAUUAUAGGCUGUUAAUGACCAGAAAAAAUCGAUUUCAGGUGGGAAAAGAUAUUUAUAUAUACAGGGAUAUCAAAUAAGUGUAAUUAGACGAAGUGAAGGUGUAUUUCUGUGAUCAGAUUAUAUCCACCACCCUUCUGAACAGAUGUUUAAGGGCUUUUCUCACAACAAAUGGAUCUGGAGGCUAGAAAAUACUAUCUUGAUGAAUAUUUCUUCUAACAAGCAUGCUAAAAUGAUUUCUAUUAAUAAACACACUUCUAUGAUUGCUAGAAAUGUGGCUACAGCUGUUGGUGUUGGAAAAUUCAGUGUGCCUCCAAAAAGAAAAGGAAAAUCAACUCAAGAACAGAUAAAAUUUUAAUAAAAAAAUGACCGGGAAGCAAGUAAACCCAGAAAAUAAUGGCAAACCUUUAGGAAGGUUCAUAAAAUACCAAUUAUAGGCUGUUAAUGACCAGAAAAAAUCGAUUUCAGGUGGGAAAAGAUAUUUAUAUAUACAAGGAUAUCAAAUAAGUGUAAUUAGACGAAGUGAAGGUGUAUUUCUGUGAUCAGAUUAUAUCCACCACCCUUCUGAACAGAUGUUUAAGGGCUUUUCUCACAACAAAUGGAUCUGGAGGCUAGAAAAUACUAUCUUGAUGAAUAUUUCUUGUAACAAGCAUGCUAAAAUGAUUUCUAUUAAUAAACACACCUCUAUGAUUGCUAGAAAUGUGGCUACAGCUGUUGGUGUUGGAAAAUCCAGUGUGUCUCCAAAAAGAAAAGGAAAAUCAACUCAAGAACAGAUAAAAUUUUGAUAAAAAAAUGACCGGGAAGCAAGUAAACCCAGAAAAUAAUGGCAAACCUUUAGGAAGGUUCAUAAAAUACCAAUUAUAGGCUGUUAAUGACCAGAAAAAAUCGAUUUCAGGUGGGAAAAGAUAUUUAUAUAUACAGGGAUAUCAAAUAAUUGUAAUUAGACGAAGUGAAGGUGUAUUUCUGUGAUCAGAUUAUAUCCACCACCCAUCUAGAGUGGUGGAUGUGAUGUUUAAUGUUUUUUCCCACCUUUAUGACUGCUACAGUUACAUAUACAGCUGUUGGUGUUGGAAAAUCAAGUGUGUCUUCCAAAAAAAAAAGGAAAAUGUGGGCGCAAAGGAAAAACAACACAAAACAGAUGAAUUUUUUAUAAAAAAUAGCAAACUAAAUCCAUUAAAGACAAGCACAGACCUUCGAAGGGAUUUCCUGGAUUAUAAUAUUGAAGUGAUUACGGAUAUUGACUGAAACUUAGAAAAUGAUCAUAAAAUAUUAAGCUUGUUCCAUAAAAUACCAAUCAUGGGCUGUUAAGAACUGAAUAUGAAUUAAUUUACUGUAGUGAAGUUUCCGUGGAAUAAUAUUAAUCUACAAAUAAAGCUCCAGUUGGGUUUUUUCCAUAUUUUAUCCACCAAUUUAGUAACUGACAGAUGAGGAAUGUUGGCAAUAGUGAGAAAUGAAUAUAAAAGACUUGAUUGGUUUUGUAUUUUUUGCGUAGACCAAAAAAUUUUAUUUAAAAUCUGGUUCAUAAAUCAACAUCAACAUAAACAUUUAAUGUUUAUUUUGAUAUGAUAGUUUUUGUUGAUUAGGAUGAGGAUAUUGAUCUUCAAUAUGAAAGUAGGCCUUCUGUAGCAAGGGACAAUUUUGAUAAAUGAGAUUUUUAUACUAUAUUCAAUCUUUUCUUUCAUUUCCUAUUAUAUUUUUUGAUUUGUUAGCAAAACUCAACAGUAAAUGUCCUUCUUCAAAAAUAAAAUUGCUGCCUCGCUUCUUAAUAUUAGUACCUUUUUCUUUUAAAUAAAUUUCGCUCACGAAAAUCAGUCAACAUUCUCAAAGCUUACGCAGACCGGAAAUCAAAUAAGUUUCAAUAUUUAGAUUCAGUUCAAAUCCUCAAAUUGCUGUUCUACGGGUCUUCUUGCAGUUAACUCGCUUAUCUAACAGUUGAAAGUAAGAUUAACAAUUCUACCAACAGAUAAAAAAUAAAGAAAAAUAAAAAACCCUAACGGGGCGAAAAUCACACGCCACUAGGUGGCGCUAAAUUUGGCUUCUACAGCGGUGUUUGAUGAUGUUCAGUUUUUUAUUAUUGUAGGAUUUUCUUUUUAUAAUUUCCGUUAUUUCCUAAACGUGUUUGUGUUUGAGAAUCGGUCUAAAAAGGACGAAAAUUGAAAAAACCCUUCCUAACAUCUUAAAAACAACUAGUAUAUUUGUAAAACUAAAACUUUUACAGCGUUUCUGUUGUUUUGAAGUGCACCUUAUGGAUGUGUGGUUAGUUUGAAAGAAAAUUAACAGAUGUCGCCCACUUUGUAAUUACAAUGAUUCUUCUUCUUUACCAAAUCACUUUGAUUCGUUUGAUUUUACAUUAUGUAAACUAAUCAAUUUAGUUACAACAACUAUAAAAAUUGUUCUAUAAAUAAUUCGAAAGUAAAUUUGAAAAUACAAACAUAAUAUUUAUAGAUUUUAAUUAAUAUCACGCUAAAAUUAAUUCCUAUUUUUAACAUUUAAAUUGCACAUUUAAGCUAAGAUAGAUAAAUAUCAAAACAAUUUCGAUAUCUAUAUUUGGUAUAUAUUGUGAAAUAAUAUUUUUUGUAACAAAAGUUCAACUUCUAUCACGAGUUUAAAAUAGAACAAAUAAUGUAAUUUAUUUUUAGUUACACAUAGUACUUUAUUGAAUUCCUGUUUCUCCAAUUAAAUGAGGAAUUGAAUCAAAUAUUUUAUUGAACAGAAAUUAAAAUUGUUGAAAAUUACAAGAAUUAUGUUUAAAAAUAAGUCGUAGACUUGGUGUUUGCUGCAGAAUCGGACUGGGGAUGAUCUUGAGCUUUUUCCCAUUCUUUUCUUCACUCUCCUCCAUUUUGUGUUUGUACUCAAAUACUUUUCAAUUUUAACUUAAAUGAAAAGCAAAUUAAACCCACUAGAAACGCGUUACCCCACGCUACUUGUCGAAUAUGUGUGCUUAUGUUUUUGAAUGGCGUGGCGUAGCGUGGAGUAGCUGAGUGUUUACUCAGACAAUUGAAUUAAAUGGAAAAACAUAUGCACACAUAUGUCUAUUAUUUUAAUGAAUUUGUCGGGCUUUAGAAUAUAGACUUACAGUGUAUUAAAGCUGAAAUUUUGCUCAAUUUUCAAUCUAUUUAUGAAAAGUGUAACAUAUGAGGGAAAUAUUCCGGUUUUUUCUUUAAAUAAAUGUUCGUGAAUUGUUAUUAAAACAAAACAAUCCAGUCUUAGGCCGCCUGUGUGCUAAGAUCAUACAAAUUAUUUUUGUGACAAAAUCGACACAUUCUUGUUAAUUUAAAUUUUUUAAAACCUGAUUUUUUUUGAAAAAAACUGCCAUUUGAGUGCCCUAAGAAACUUAAUUAUAGACAAAAAAUCAUUUAUUGAUAUUUAUAAUUAAAAAUAAAGAGGAACAUGAUUCUGUAGAAGCAAUAUUUUGUAAACAAACGGUCAGUUAUUGUUAGAGACUUUCUUUUACAAAAACAACUUUUUUUAACAAAAUCCAAAACGUCAAUUGUCGUUAGAGAUUUUCUUUUACGUUAACAAACCCUCAGAUGUCGUUAGAAACUUUUUUUUACAAAAUCCAAACCGUCAAUUGUCGUUAGAGACUUUCUUUUACUUAAACAAACCGUCAGAUGUCGUUAGAAACUUUUUUUUACAAAAUCCAAACCGUCAAUUGUCGUUAGAGACUUUCUUUUACUUAAACAAACCGUCAGAUGUCGUUAGAAACUUUUUUUUACAAAAUCCAAAACGUCAAUUGUCGUUAGAGAUUUUCAUUUACGUAAACAAACCGUCAGAUGUCGUUAGAAACUUUUUUUUACAAAAUCCAAACCGUCAAUUAACGUUAGAGACUUUCUUUUACUUAAACAAACCGUGAGAUGUCGUUAGAAACUUUUUUUUACAAAAUCCGAACCGUCGGUUGUCGUUAGAAACUUUUUUUUACAAAAUCCAAACCGUCAGAUGUCGUUAGAAACUUUUUUUUACAAAAUCCAAACCGUCAAUUGUCGUUAGAGACUUUCUUUUACUUAAACAAACCGUCAGAUGUCGUUAGAAACUUUUUUUUACAAAAUCCAAAACGUCAAUUGUCGUUAGAAAUUUUCAUUUACGUAAACAAACCGUCAGAUGUCGUUAGAAACUUUUUUUUACAAAAUCCAAACCGUCAAUUGUCGUUAGAGACUUUCUUUUACUUAAACAAACCGUCAGAUGUCGUUAGAAACUUUUUUUUACAAAAUCCAAACCGUCAAUUGUCGUUAGAGACUUUCUUUUACUUAUACAAACCGUCAGAUGUCGUUAGAAACUUUUUUUCACAAAAUCCAAAACGUCAAUUGUCGUUAGAGACUUUCUUUUACUUAUACAAACCGUCAGAUGUCGUUAUAAACUUUUUUUUACAAAAUCCAAACCGUCAAUUAACGUUAGAGACUUUCUUUUACUUAAACAAACUGUCAGAUGUCGUUAGAAACUUUUUUUUACAAAAUCCAAACCGUCAAUUGUCGUUAGAGACUUUCUUUUACUUAUACAAACCGUCAGAUGUCGUUAGAAACUUUUUUUCACAAAAUCCAAACCGUCAAUUAACGUUAGAGACUUUCUUUUACUUAAACAAACCGUCAGAUGUCGUUAGAAACUUUUUUUUACAAAAUCCAAACCGUCGGUUGUCGUUAGAAACUUUUUUUUACAAAAUCCAAACCGUCAGAUGUCGUUAGAAACUUUUUUUUACAAAAUCCAAACCGUCAAUUGUCGUUAGAGACUUUCUUUUACGUAAACAAACCGUCAGAUGUCGUUAGAAACUUUUUUUUACAAAAUCCAAACCGUCAAUUGUCGUUAGAGACUUUCUUUUACUUAAACAAACCGUCAGAUGUCGUUAGAAACUUUUUUUUACAAAAUCCAAACCGUCAAUUGUCGUUAGAGACUUUCUUUUACUUAUACAAACCGUCAGAUGUCGUUAGAAACUUUUUUUCACAAAAUCCAAAACGUCAAUUGUCGUUAGAGAUUUUCAUUUACGUAAACAAACCGUCAGAUGUCGUUAGAAACUUUUUUUUACAAAAUCCAAAACGUCAAUUGUCGUUAGAGAUUUUCAUUUACGUAAACAAACCGUCAGAUGUCGUUAGAAACUUUUUUUUACAAAAUCCAAACCAUCAAUUGUCGUCAGAGACUUUCUUUUACUUAAACAAACCGUCAGAUGUCGUUAGAAACUUUUUUUUACAAAAUCCAAACCGUCGGAUGUCGUUAGAGACUUUCUUUUACGUAAAUAAACAGUCAGUUGUCGUUUGAGACUUUCUUUUAGAAAAACAAACUGUCAAUUGUCGUUAGCAAUUUUUUCAAGAUGGUGGUCACGGGGUAUAACCUGUGACCACCAUCUUAAGAAAUUGAAAAUAUUAUCCACGGUUUCCAAUUAUUGAUCACUAAUGUUCAAGAUACAGCAAGCUACAUUCUUGAACGUUCCUAAAAAUAUUAAAAAAUAACAAAAACCAAGAAUGCGUGUUUAGUGUACAGGAUGUUAUCAAAAAUAUCAGAAUAUCGUUGAAAUUUAAUAUUGAUCAUAUAAAUUGAUAAAUUGAUCGUAUAAAAGUGUUAAAACCUCGGUAAACUGAAUAAAUUUAGUUCCUACAUGAGUUAAGACAAGUUGGCAUUAGAAACUUUGGAAUAUUAAGUAGCGCAACCGCAGUAGUAUGUUGUAGUUGAUUUUAAGGUGUGAGUGUUAAAUUAUUGAAAGAAUGUAAUGCGCACAAAGCACAAAUAAAAAUGUGAAUGAAUCGCUCAUUAAUGAAGGAAGACAGGGAACCAACGUACUCAGUACAACCAACUUCAAAUUAGAAAAAUCACUAAAAACGAUGCUAUGUAAAGGCGUUUUUCCCACAAAUCGAUUGCGCUACUUAAUUUUUCAAUUUAUUCUAUAAUAGAUGUUAUUGUUGCAAUUUAUAUCAAUUUUAUCAUGUUUUUUAAACAAUCUGUGCGAAUACCUCCUCUCUAACAUUUUCUUCCUGUCUCUCAAUGUCCACUCAAAGCAAUAUAUUUUAGGAAAUGGUAUUUUUACUAUAACUAUGACAGAUUUAUAGUUUUUUAGAAAGUGAUAUACAUAUGCCAUGUUAAUUGUUACAACGAAUAACAAUUUAUCUGUGUUUUUAUUUAUUGUAUUAUUUUUCUUUAUUCGAAAAGACUUGAAAAAUAUAUUAAUCAGUGUUGAAAA